GUCUACAGGAACGCUCACUGGAUUCACGGGUUUCCACUCGCAAGAAGGCCAAAUCGGGACUUAAGCUUAUACACACCUCUACUUUCGUGAACACGAGAUGUUAGCCACAAGAUUCGGACGCCUUCUCAGACCGUGCAGACUUGUGAUCAGUUCGUCCAACAAAACCAAGUUUUCCUCAGGCUCAGGCACCCAAAGUCAUGAAGUUGAAAACGGGCGUGAGUUCAAGUGGCUUUGGCCGGCCUAUAGAGAGGAGGAGAUGUUCAAAGCAGCACACGACAUAGGAUGCAAGAGUCUGAUUGUAUGCUACAGAUUCAACACCGUCAAGCCCUUGGACCCUGGACACGUUGAGCAAGCCCUGAGGCACUUUCAGAGGAAAGUCCCAAACUGCCGGGGUUUCUUCAAGGAGCGAGACGGGAAGUUGUGGGUUUGUGAGGACCCGAAUCCUGACGUCGAUUUCGAGUGUUUGGAAGGCGCGGAGAGCAGUGCCAUCAUAAACGAACACAUAAACAAGCCUUUCAGAGGCGAUCGUUCGCCAACCUGGAAAGCGAGACUGGUUCCCGUGCCCGCCGAUGCCCCCUGCGCCAUGCCCGAAAUACAGGCAGCUUUCCCCCACCAGUACGACCUCGUCUUCAUGCCCCACCACUCAUUCAUGGACGGGAUCACCAUAGCUCUUUCCACCGGCAAACUUGUGGGACUGCUCAACGACCUCAUAGCCGGACGACCCGUAAACGACGAGCCCUUUGGGGUCUACCUGAACAACGAGGAAAUUGGCAAGAUUGAUGAAGGGAUCGCCAAGGACCUCGAGAAGGAACCCGAGAAGCUGGAGUCAGCAAAGCAAGAGAUUCUGGCAUGCGACACUCCGCCCAUCCUCUGCAAGGCCUUCCCGCCCCCUGGAGGGAAACCGGCAACCAAAUUUGUCAAUCAGAUUAUCAAUCAGAAAUCCCUGGCUUCCUUCACGGCGAAGUGCAAAGCCAAUGGCGUCACCUUCAACAGUGGAAUGGAGGCUGUAAUCAAUACCGCUAUUAUUGAGAUGGUGCGGGAGGCGGGCGUGGAGGGGGAGUCUCACCACAUGAGCAUCAACUUGGCCACAGAUCUGAGACGCUACAUGAAGCGCCGCCCCCUCCCGAUCUAUGGCUUACACGUACGCCCCACCGUGCACAGGAUAGAGACGCCCUUCGAUGUUCGGGACAACUUCUGGGACUACACCAGGAAGUUCCACCAGAGGCUCUCGGUUCUUCUGAAGUCCGGCGAUGCCCUUCAGCAGACCGUAGUGAGGGAGAUGACCCUGCCACAGCUCCCUCCAGUGGAAUACCACGCAGCAGGACCCAAGCCCCUGCGUGACUAUGGCCUCACUAACGUCGGGGAUCUAACGCCCAUUAUGCCAGGCGUCGGGGAGCAUCUGCAGCAGACAAGCGUUUCCAUGUUUGGUUGUACACACUUCUUUGGGUUUCCGAUGUUUCAUCAAAUCUACAGCUUCCGAGGACAUAUGCCCUACACAAUUGGCUACGACACGUCCUACAUUUCAAAGGAGACUGCUGGAGCACUCAUGGACAGGAUUGUGACGCUUAUGCACGAUCUUGGGACAUCGCCCUAAGAAGCUAGAAAAGAGGGGGUUCAGAAACAGGAGUGACCAGACUGGAAAUUUCAUGUAUACCUUCUUUCCUCCACUUUUCUUAGAGAAAAGGUUGUAACAACACAAAACUACUUUCCCAUAUUUACAUGGGGGUGUAACCCACUACUUGCUGUCUACCCACAGAGCAUAUUCUGUUGCAGUGUUAAAGAAAAGAAAUAUUUUUGACAUCCAACUCAGCAAUUUAGAAACUGGCAACACCUCGAUCCUCAGAACUCUGAGUUGCCACUCGCCUCUUUUUUCAUUCAGAUCACUUAAAGCUUAUAUUUGCAAGACUCGCUUUUUGGAAAACAUGACCAGUAUAUCAUAUAAUUUAACUAUCUAUGAAGAUUUGUUGUCAUUACUGUCAUCUUAUUCUUUAAUUCAUAUAUUUAAACGCGGGGUAUUUCACAGUUGCCAGUUUCUCCUUUAUUUGUUUUGUUUAGUUUACAAUUACGUCCUCAUGAAAAAAGUGUAUUAUAUUUUGUGCGAUAUGUAUGUAUGUAUGUAUAUAUGAAUAUAUAUGUAUAUGUAUAUAUACAUUAUGCUUUAUUACCUUUUUUGUUUGUUUUGAAUUUUAGGCAUAUGACGAUGGGAUAAUAUAACACAUUGAUUCCUUGACUAAGCUAUUAGAUAGAUGACGAAGGGUUAAUAUAACAUGAAUAUUAAUUCUUGAAUGAAUGAAACUUUAGCCACACCCCCUUCUGCCAGACUUCGUACUUAUCGCCCGAGGGUGAAUUUCGAAGUGCGGGUGGGGGGGGGGGGGCUCUUGUUUGAUUUUAGACAAACGAUUAUUAAAAGAGACAAAUUUGGGACAAACGUUUCUUACUCUGUUGCCUUUAACAAUUUGUCAAAUAAAUGA